UCCCCAUAGGCUGGGCUUCGGGUCGCAGCCCUUAAAACCCCCGUGUUGUUUCCUAACACCUUCUCUCCUGCUGACCUGGCCCAAGACGCUGCUUCUGGACGGGGGAUGUGACAGGCCAGCCUGACCCCAGAGCAGAGACAGCAGCCCUGUCCCACUCCGUCCAACCCAGCCUGGAGUCUGCAGGGAACGCGGAGCAAUGGAAGCCCAAAGACAAGCCUGGCACAGCUCGUGGAAGGCCUCCCUGAACACGUCCCAAUUAAUGGAUUCUGACAUGGAUUAUGAAAGGCCAAACGUAGAGACCAUCAAGUGCGUGGUGGUGGGGGAUAACGCCGUGGGCAAGACCAGGCUCAUCUGUGCGCGGGCCUGCAAUGCCACCCUCACCCAGUACCAGCUGCUCGCCACCCACGUGCCCACGGUGUGGGCCAUCGACCAGUACCGCGUGUGCCAGGAGGUGCUGGAACGCUCCCGCGAUGUGGUAGAUGAUGUCAGCGUCUCCCUGCGCCUCUGGGACACCUUUGGGGACCACCACAAAGACCGCCGCUUUGCUUACGGGAGAUCCGACGUGGUGGUUCUGUGCUUCUCCAUUGCCAACCCCAAUUCCCUCCACCAUGUCAAGACCAUGUGGUACCCGGAAAUCAAGCACUUCUGCCCCCGCGCACCUGUCAUCCUGGUGGGCUGCCAGCUGGACCUGCGCUAUGCCGACCUGGAGGCCGUCAAUAGGGCCCGGCGCCCCUUGGCUAGGCCCAUCAAGCCCAACGAGAUCCUUCCCCCGGAGAAGGGUCGGGAGGUGGCCAAGGAGCUGGGCAUCCCCUACUACGAGACCAGCGUGGUGGCCCAGUUUGGCAUCAAGGACGUCUUUGACAACGCCAUCCGGGCCGCGCUCAUCUCCCGCCGCCACCUGCAGUUCUGGAAGUCCCACCUCCGCAACGUGCAGCGGCCUCUGCUGCAGGCGCCCUUCCUGCCCCCUAAGCCGCCGCCCCCCAUCAUUGUGGUGCCCGACCCCCCCUCCAGCAGCGAGGAGUGCCCCGCCCACCUCCUGGAGGACCCGCUGUGUGCGGACGUCAUCCUGGUGCUGCAGGAGCGGGUGCGCAUCUUUGCCCACAAGAUCUACCUCUCCACCUCCUCCUCCAAGUUCUACGACCUGUUCCUCAUGGACCUGAGUGAGGGGGAGCUGGGGGACCCCUCGGGGCCAGGGGAGCCCCGCAAAGAGGACCACCGGGGCCACCCUGAUCACCACCACCACCACCACGGGCGGGACUUCCUGCUCCGGGCAGCCAGCUUUGAUGUGUGUGAGAGUGUGGACGAGGCUGGGGGCUCUGGCCCUGCUGGCCUCCGGGCCUCAACCAGCGACGGCAUCUUACGGGGCAACGGAACAGGGUAUUUGCCGGGCAGGGGCCGCGUGCUGUCCUCCUGGAGCCGGGCUUUUGUGAGCAUCCAGGAGGAAAUGGCAGAAGACCCUCUGACCUAUAAGUCCCGGCUGAUGGUGGUGGUGAAGAUGGACAACUCCAUCCAGCCGGGGCCUUUCCGGGCUGUCCUCAAAUACCUGUACACCGGGGAGCUGGGCGAGAACGAGCGGGACCUCAUGCACAUCGCCCACAUCGCCGAGCUGCUGGAGGUCUUCGACCUGCGCAUGAUGGUGGCCAACAUCCUCAACAACGAGGCCUUCAUGAACCAGGAGAUCACCAAGGCCUUCCACGUCCGCCGGACCAACCGGGUGAAGGAGUGCUUGGCCAAAGGCACCUUCUCAGACGUGACCUUCAUCCUGGAUGACGGCACCAUCAGUGCCCACAAGCCCCUGCUGAUUUCCAGCUGCGACUGGAUGGCUGCCAUGUUUGGGGGGCCGUUUGUGGAGAGCUCCACCAGGGAGGUGGUGUUUCCGUACACCAGCAAGAGCUGCAUGCGGGCGGUGCUGGAGUACCUGUAUACCGGCAUGUUCACCUCCAGCCCAGACCUGGACGACAUGAAGCUCAUCAUCCUGGCCAACCGCCUCUGCCUGCCGCACCUGGUGGCCCUCACAGAGCAGUACACGGUGACUGGGCUGAUGGAAGCGACCCAGAUGAUGGUGGACAUCGACGGUGACGUCCUGGUGUUCCUGGAACUGGCUCAGUUCCACUGCGCCCACCAGCUGGCUGACUGGUGCCUACAUCACAUCUGCACCAACUACAACAACGUGUGCCGCAAGUUCCCGCGAGACAUGAAGGCCAUGUCCCCAGAAAACCAGGAAUACUUUGAGAAGCACCGGUGGCCGCCUGUCUGGUACCUGAAGGAGGAGGACCACUAUCAGCGGGCCCGCAAGGAGCGGGAGAAGGAAGACUACCUCCACCUGAAGCGGCAGCCCAAGCGGCGCUGGCUUUUCUGGAACAGUCCGUCCUCCCCGUCUUCCUCCGCUGCCUCCUCGUCGUCCCCCUCAUCUUCCUCGGCUGUGGUCUGAAAUGCGCUACUCUGUCUGGCCCUGCUGCUGUGGCCCCAUUCGCCCUUUCCUCUCUGCUCUUCCGUAUCACUCCCUCACCUUACAGGGACAAGGGGACCCAAAAACCAGGCCCCCAAGGGCAGAGCUGUCCUCACCAGCCACCGGGCCAGCCAGAGAGGAGCCCGGCCCUGUGGGUUAGACCCAGAGACAGAGCAGGAGGUGGGAGCAGGGAGGGAGCCGAGGGCUCUGGAACCUCUCCAGGCUGGAGAGCCCUAGCAAGGAAGGGGAAGCAGCCACAGGGCUGGCUUGUGUCUUGGUCUCGGCCUCUGCUCCGGUCGGGGACACAAUGCUCGCUGCGCUCUCUGAGCAGAGGCCUGCCUCAGUUGGCCUGUCUCCACCAUUGCAAAGCUUGUGUUUCCACGAGGAGCCUGCUCAGGCCUCAUGGGAAGUCAGGGUAGAAGUGACGCCUUCAGAGCCCAGGACGAGGAAGGCUGCGUCCUGCCAGUCGUCCGGAGCACAGUGCGGCUGGCUGUGGCGACGGCUGUUCAGAGCCCUGGGCCUGGGAGCGUGCCUCUGGGUUGCAAUGAGAAACCUCUGCCUCGCCCCUGCCACAGCUCAGAUGUGGAGAUGGCCACCAGGGGAAAUAGCUGGGGUGGGGGGAAGGAAGGGGCCAGGUCUGUGCUCUGUGCACAUGACCUCAGCCCCUCCCUGCCCUGACAGCACUGCUUUUUAUGGGGUGGGGCAAAAUUUGCAAAAACAACAGAUAAAAACCAAACUAAAUCACCAAGAAAAACACUCUAUCCUCUAUCCCCAUCCCAGAGAAAGCAAACAAAUGACCCGGCCCAGCUUCCAUGUUUAAAACACUGAAGGGAGGCCUCAGGGAGACGGCCGUGCAGGCCGCAGGGCCAGGGGUGCCGGUCAGCAAAGGCUGGUCGCCGCUGCCCUCCUGAAGCCAGGCCCUCACCUGCAGAGGGGACCCCGGCAGGAUGUUUGGGAGGGGGGCCCAGGUCCGGCAAUAGGGCGCAAGCUAGAAAGCCAGGGCCCAGGACACCGCCCUUCCCGGUGCCAGCCUGGGAUAGAGGAAGGGCAGAGUGGGCGGGAGAGCAAAGUUAAUCCAGAGAGGAGGGGAAGCUGCAGGCAGGUUCCACUGGAGCUCGCAGCCCCCAGAGGCCACAGCCCACCCUCCCGGUUUUGCAACCUGAAGCAGUCGUCUAGAUGGUCGCCCGCAACCCUGUCCAGAUUUCAAAGAUGGAGUUGGGGCCAGGAGGCCAGGAGCUAGGCUCAGGACUCCAGGGUCACCUUGCCUGGAGAGGCACUUCAGCAGAGGGACCGGCGAGGGCCAGCCGGGAAUGAAGGCACCCUCCGCAGUGACGUGAGCGAGGCUGGAUCCUCCUGCAGAGCUGAGCUGCCUGCUCUAAGGUGGGCGUGGUGAGCCACCGGCCUCCUCUCCCAGUCCUUGGUGGCCAGUCAGAAAGCCGGUCGUGUGCUGCCCUCUACUGACGGGUCAGCCUCCCGUCAGCUGGGCUGGCUCCAGGUGAUGGGGAGCCUGUGAGCAGAGGCUGUGGGAACACUGUGGGGGGCACCCAGCGCCUGACCUUUGGCUUCUGGGAAGAGGGACAGUGUGGGGCAUGGCUGGACCAGGACCCUUCUGGGAGCUGCAGGUGAGGGAGACCCCGCCCUGAAGUGCAAGGGGACCGCGGUGGGGCUCACAGGUGCUUGCUGGGGCCCCCUGGUGAGGAUGCAGGCAGGUGAGGUUGUGUGGGAGGAUGCCCUCAGGAGAGUGGCCAAAGGGCACCCCAGCACCCAGCCCACCCCUCAGGGACCCGCCCUUUCCCCACCGCUCAGUGGGAGCCAGUCUACACCCCGCGGGAAUGUGGCAAGCUGGGCCAGCCCAGGUGGACCUGGCACCUUGGAACCCAGGGAGACAGAAGCAGGAACGCCCAGGUGGGGCCAGCCUGACGGCAGGAGGAAGGACACAGCCCUGGACUUAGCUGGGCUAGGGGAGAGUGGGAGGGCGGGGUGGGGAAAACCCCACACCUCUUUUUAUAUAAGGUUUCAUAUUUAAUUUGGUCAUGAAUUCAUAAAUACAUGAGUAUUUUGUACCUAAAGGUUUUGCUUGUACUGUUUUUAUUUGUUUCUUCCAUGAGAGAGAGGAGGCGACCUCAACAGCGUCUCCAGGCUACCACCCGCCCCAGCCUCUGCCAGCCCCCCAGGCCGGGCACACGCAUGCCUGGCAUACUCAGAAGUCUGGAUUCGAACCAGGAACCCUCCUAUGCAGGACUGCUCCGCAGAGCACUGCAUCUGACUGCUGUGCUGCCGUCUGGCCCCAUUUCCUUGUGUCAAUAUUAAUUACCAACACAUUCCAAACAGGGACCUCCGCGGGGCACAGCAGAGAGGACAUGCAGCCGCUAAGGACACGCUUCUGUGAAGCCUGCCGUGCCCAGUGGCGCUGGGCUGGGAGUGAGCGUAACCAACCAGCAGUGCCCCUGGGUCCUGUCGCCCAGCUCGCCCCAGUGGAGGGCCUUGACAGGCACUGCUGCGGCCACCGGGGGCCUCAGGAAGUUCGUGGAAAUUGUGUACUGCAGUAGCACUGUGCAUGGAUCUUUGGGAGGGGGCACCAAAAUAAACUCAUACUUUA